CGCGGACGCGCAGCAGCCUGUGCAGGACGCUGCUGGAGCGCGCUUUAAUAGACAGUUUGACGUGCGGACUCCUCCAAGCUGAGAGUGCGAGCUCUUCUGCCACUUAAUCUGCUUUAACUGCUCCACAAAAAAAACACAGAUUCUAAAGGUUCACCAUGGGAAACAGGUUCAGCAGAAGGAGAGAUGCCCCAGCGACCACUGAAGCUGUGGCCGCCGAACAGAAGGCUGCAGAGGAGCCAGCAUCUGCUCAGCCAGCAGAAGAAUCUGCAAUAACACAGACUCAGGAGGCCAUAGAGAACCUGGAUGUGGUGGUGGGGGAGCAGGUGACACUGAAGGCACGUUUACCCACUGAAGAAUGUGCAUCAGAGUGUAAGGAGGUAGAAGCUCCUGCUGCACCAGUGUGUGAUCCAGAACCAGAGCCUGCCGUAAAGGAAACCCCAGCUCCAGUCCAGCCUGAACCUCUGGUCACAGAUAGUGAACCAACACCUCCAGAGCCAGAGCCCGUUGUUGAAGCUCCACCUGCCCCAGAACCAGUCCCAGAACCAGCCCCAGAGCCAGUCCCAGAGCCAGAAUCUGCCCCAGUUCCAGAACCUGACCCAGUUCCAGAGCCUGAACCAGUUCCAGAGCCUGAACCAGUUGCAGAGGUAGACCCGGUUCCAGAGGGAGACCCGGUUCCAGAGGCAGUCAUCGAGGCGGAACCUGAGACCAUCCCAGAACCAGAACCAACCCCAGCUGAGCCCAUGGAGCAGCAGACAGACCUGCUCUCCCAAGAGUCUCUCCCAGAGCCAGGGCUUCCUUCACGCCCUCUGAUCGACUUUGCUGUCCCUGAUGUCACCCCCAUCCCCGUCAGUCCAGACGAGCCGGCGGACGUCCCAGCAGGUGAGCAAAGCCAAGACAGCGCCGAGGCUGCCGAGAAUUCCACACUGGAGCCAGAGCAGCCUGCAGAAACGUCAGAAGCUCUGGAAAAGCUGGUGGAGGUGGAGGCGCCAGAGUGUUUGGAGAAGCUUGGGAGUGACGUCAACGAGGAAAGCGUUUGUGAAAUCCUAAAGAACUUAGAGCUGAAAGGAAAUGACCUUGUCAAUGACCUCAUUCCAAGUGAUGUCAAGAUCCCCGACGACACUCCCAUCAUAGACGUGAGCACAUCCACCGAGCUGAUGUGAAUCCAUCAGAGAGGAUUCAUUAAAGAAGUCAAUAGAUGUUUUUCUGUGAAACCCUUUUAACCCUUUACAUGAAUUCUAAAUGGAUCAAAAAACUAUUUUUUUGUCACUUUACGUACACUAAUUAAGGCAAACAGCUAUUUCCUUUUUACAGUGAGACAAAGGUACCAAAAGAGCUGUGGAACAAAAUGAACUGAGAAUUAAACGACAUAUUUUUCUGUUUCUGAUACACUCAUACAGCCAGGUUGGGGGGUAAAGGGGCUCCAGGGGCUACAAGUAGUUACGUGUAUUGUUAGACGUCAGAGAUCUUCCUCUAUGCAAAUCUGUCAAGCAAAACUUUGAAUCUAUCUCUCGGAGGGAGGUGAAGAAAGAUGUCUCAGUGCUAUAUAAGACAACAAAAAGUAGCGCACUGAGUACCAAGUGAGAAGCAAAAUCUUUUGAGAAUCUGUGAAUGUGCAGCAUUGAUAGGUUAAUGAAGGACAACAGAUGAGGGACAAAAAUGCAACCAAAGGUGAAGUUAGUAUAUGCAUUCCACUGAACAGCAGGAUACAAGUGUCCGAUAAACAUUUAUGCCUUAAUAUUGUCGUGUUUGGACUUUGCAAUAAUCCUCUAAAAGGAGUGUUUGUCACCUUGUGGUAUUUUAAAAGCAACUAGGGGAUUUUUUAAAAAUUUGAGUUGUGGCUUGCUUGUGAAAAUAAAAAUGGUAUUCCACAUGU